CCUUGGUAGGGAAGGAGGGGCAGGGGGCAUCCAGCAGCUUCAUACUGGAGACACUUGUAAGGGGGUGAAGGGGGCUUCUUUCACUUACUCUAAAUCUAUCCAGGAAAGGAAGAGAGAGGCUUGAGAUUUUCUAAUGUUCCAGGGCAAAAUGGCAGCUUUUGCCCAAACUGUCCUGAUUAUUAAGGUAUUGGUAAGUUUUGCAAAGCCAGAAUUAUCCACGGUGAUUAUGGAUGAUUAUGUCAUUUCUUCAAAUGUGUUGCCUGUUUCAGAUGUGGUCUUUAAGGGAGCUUGUUAUAACAGCUUAGGAAAUCCCACUCUGUGCUUCUGUGCUUCAAAAUCGUGCAUUGUCUGCCCUUUGCUAGGGCAACCAUAAGAGUUCACCCAGAGGACAAAUUUUCUAUCUCAUUAAUUGUUUUUUUUUUUUUAAAGUUAACCCUACUGGCCCCUCAAACCCUUGACCUUUAAAGACAGUAUUUUGUGUAAGCUCUAUAAUUCUCCUACCAAAAUGACCCCUAUACGUGCUCCCCUCGUCUUUCUCUCUUUUCUCCUCCUUCCCUCUAACACACACUCAUCUGCUUUAGUCCCCAGCCAUGCCGAGCAUGACUCCAGAGAUAAAAGUUUUGUCAACAUCUGAAAUCAACCUAAAUCGGAUAGGAGACACUUUAAUGGUCACAGUUUGAAUUAAGUACUUAACACUCUCCCCCCUGAAGAAAAAUGGCCCUUUGCAGGCUCUCUUUCCUAGUUUUGCUGAAAUCUACGAUAUCCCUGGUGUUUUAUUACAGCAGGAAUUCAACUGUGACAGGCAUAGUAGAGUACUUAAUACCCAGGAUGGAGCUCCUGGGAAGAUUACCUAGAUAUAUGGGGAGUGGGCCCUCCGCACAGCAUCUCUGACUUUAUAUUCAGCUGGCCCAGGGUGCUCCCCCCUCCCCACCCUCUCAGCCUCCUACCCAUUGGGUGGGUAUUGCCAUUUCUCCUUUGUCCUCCUGCUUCCCUGAGCUUCCAAACUGAGCUGCUCUUCUCACUGCUGCCUUUGCUACAGCCCUUUCAACAUAGGAACAGAUCAACGGCUCUUUGCAAUAGAAGGAAAUAAACCCCCCAAAGAAUCCAUGUAGCAAACGGAAACCAGGGACUUGCCCUGUACAUGUGUCCCUUCUGCACAGGCAGUAGGCUCUUCUUGGCACUUCCUUGGUCUCUGCAUCCCUACCUGCCAGGCAGUGUUAAAUAAUACAGGCUCACCUUUCCCAACAGUGGCUCCUGUUGUCCCUUCUCUAUAAAUCAUACACUGGCCCAAGAAUCACUCAGUUUCCUCUAAAAGAGUAUGGGCUGGGUGGAGGAGGAAGAAAGCGUGUUCUAACUCCUUGAUAGCAUCAGGGAGGCUGCUGGGGCUGUGGCGAAACAGUCUAGUCUGAAACUUCUGUCUUGGCACUCCGGCAUCUCUUCUUCUCAAGGCCCCAAACUCAAAGAGUAACCCCCUUCCCCCUUUCAGGCCAGUCCCACUCUCUCUGGGGUUGAUUCCUGGGGCUAAAAGAGAUUCCUUGAUUGAAAGACUGUCCAAGGCAAAAGAGAUCUGGGGGCCAUGUGGGUUCAGUCUUCUCGGUUUACCAAUGAGGAGGCUGAGGCCGCUGAAUGCUCCCCGUUCAAGUUCUUCAUAUUCAUGCACGUGUAGUUUGAAUAGUCUUGGGUGGGGGGAAGUGUACAGCCAUCGUUUCUUUCCAGAAGCCUGUUCGGCCUGGGAUGGACUUAGGCAUCUGUGGUUACACUUGCAACAGGGCCACACCACAGGUGUCCGGCUGCCAGGGAAGAAGGAUGGGCCCUUGCCUGAUGAGCCACUACAGCAGCCGGGGGCAUGAUGUAACCAAACCACCUUAGCCAGGGCACCAAGACAGGUGGGCUGACCUCUGGGUCUAGAAGGGGGCAGACAUCAGUUGCCUGGGAAAGUAGUGGGCACUCCACCGCCCGCAAUUCUCAUAGUCCUGCAAUAACGAAUUCCACUGGGAUUUCCAUGGCAGUGGCUUGCCUGGGAGCCGGGUAGGGGCAUCUGCGUUCCAGAGGCCUGGGAACUCAAAAAGCCAAGCAAGGACCUUGGUUGCAGCAGAUAAAGGUGUAGCGCCUGUUCAAGGGAGAUAUUGAAAUUGUAAUCUUUGCGGUCACGUGACUCAUUAAAUAAUUAAUGCGGAUCGUCAGGAAUGGAUCGGAGUCGUCAGGGCCUCACUAGGAAUGAAUCUCUCAGAAGUGAGCCCCCCAACUUCCUAUUUGAUUUUAAAAAACACAGAUCCUCAGAUUUAUAUCCAAAGGCUUUUUAACUCCUUCAGGAGGGGGUGGAGUGAGCCCUGUCAGCUGGGAGGACCGGAGCUGGCCCAGGCUGGGUCUUGGGGUUUUCCUGCAGGGUUUCUGCGAGUCUGGGGAGCGCACGGCGAUCGGGGAAGCGCCGAGUUCGGGCUCGGAUUCGUGCGGUCACAUCUUGGCUUUGGUGAUGAAGUGGGACGGAUGCGCAGACAGUUGGUAAUGUUCUGAUUCACACUGGGGAAGGCAGCAGCCAUACCACAGGACGGGCGCGCGGCUUUGUUCAAUUUUCCCGGUGUUCAUAAAUCACCCGCGCCGGGCGAGCGAGGGAGCAAGCGAGCGCCAAAACCGCCGAGAGAGCGGCCCCGGCGGCGGCGGCCAUUGCACUGGGAGAACCUGGGCAGCAUCUCUUUGUGACUCAUUAGUCUGCACGAUUUAUGGGCAACAGCAGCCACGAAUAUUUGACUUGGGGAUAAAGAAAUAGCACCAAUAAUCAUAACCAUAAUGACAAUACUUCUAAGCAUCAAGGGGUGGGGGCAUGUGAUGGUGGAUGGUGGCAGAGGGGAUCUUUCUGGGGCUAAGUUGAGUGGCAACUGGCAACGUGCAGGGUAGCUAAACCCCACCUUGCUCAGGGGCAGGCCAGGAUCCCCAAGGUCAGGGGGCACUCCCUUUGGGGACCUAAAGGGCAAGUUUGAACAAGAGAAAAGGCCCAGUGUGGAUUCUGAGUCCCAAGUGCCUGCUGGAUGGUGGGAGCUGCAGGUCGAGGUGGUGGCAGAGGGCAGCUAGCUCCUGGUGUGCAGCCACUUGUUCCAUGCACUGGGGAGCCCUGAAACCUGUGGGCCAGGGGGCUUGUGGGCUGUUUGGUAGCCUCUCUUGGUGCUAUCAGCAAGAUUGCAUGGAUGCAGGACAGCCGCUGAGGGCUGAUUCGGGCAGGCUGGAGUGUGGGGUGGCCCCCCAGGCCUGGGUGAAGGGGUAGUAGGGCAGGGACAGAGCUAUGGAAGCAACGGACCUCAGAGUCCCAGUCCAGCAGAGAACUUCUCCAAGCCAGGCCCCAGGAGGAAUCUUUGCUCUUCCUCAGUGUCUCCCCCUCAUCCCCAGAAAGUUGGCCGACCAUUUGCUAGUUAGAGGCCAAGAGAGGGAGGCACUAUCUGGAGGGAUGAGACAGCAGCAGAAUUAGGGGCCUGGGGCUGCGCAAGGGGCGGCUGCGUAGGGCCCCCAGGUCCGGUAUUGUCUCAUGCUCCGUUCUUCCCAGUUUCCCCCACUUCCAGCAGCCGUAAUUGGCCCACGGUAGUCCCAGCAGCCCACUGGGACUGAGAAGGGACGCCCCAGGGCUUGAAUGAACCAGAAGACAAAACCUCUCAAGACUGCCCCCGGCCCAUGGACAGAGCCGGUAUCUGAUUUCGCGCCAAACAGAAAUGAGCACUAUUAGUGGGGUUUCAGGAGAAUCUGUGAUUGAAUGCUCCCAGACAAGGCUUCCCUUUGUUAGCAAAAGAAAAUAAAGCGUGCAUUCACAUCCCCAAGUUGAGGUGCGUGAGGAGCUCUCACAGCAGAGCCGCGCCAACAGAAAUCCUCUUCCACCUUCCUGUCUUCCUCCGCCUGGUCCCCUUCCUUCCCCCCCCCGCCCCAUCCCCCAUAAAAAGAAAGAUAGAAAAAAAGGGUGUGGGUGCGGAGAUGGAGUAUGUAUUUAUUUUACAAAAAUAAAUCACCAUCUUCAGGCCAUUUGUAGACUGGAACCUUUCGAGCAAUGAGGGCGCCGCACGGACGAGUGCCCUGGCGACUCCUCCGUGUCCGUGUCACCCCAGGGGCCACCCUGGCGCCCGCGCCGCCUGUGCCUGCGAUUCCGGGCUUCCAGCUCCCUUCCUGCGCAGCCACCGUUCACCCUGUGCUGUUUGUCUGUCCGCAGAGCGCGGGGACACGGGACGCGGCGGCUCCCUGAGCGCCCGGAGCGGGAGACACGCUCUGCUUCCGCCUUCGGCAUCUUCCGAGGUCUGUGCGGGGCGGCCAUUGGCGGCGGAGCGUCACGUGACCGCGGGGGCGUGCCAAUGUGCGCCCUCACGGGUAUCAAGCCCCUGUCAGAGUGUGCGAUCAAGAUCCUGAAACAACGCGAUGCAAAAAGCGACCUACUACGACAGCUCCGCGAUCUACGGUGGCUACCCUUAUCAGGCAGCCAACGGGUUCGGUUAUAAUGCCAGUCAGCAGCCGUACCCAGCGUCCGCAGCACUGGGCGCCGACGGCGAGUACCACCGACCCGCCUGUUCACUCCAGUCGCCCGCAAAUGCCGGGGGCCACCCCAAGGCGCAUGAGCUGAGCGAGGCGUGUCUGCGCACGCUGAGCGGUCCGCCCAGCCAGCCCCCAGGCCUAGGCGAGCCGCCCCUGGCCCCACCGCCACCCCAGGCCGCGCCCCCGGCCCCGCAGCAACCUCAGCCCCCGCAGCAGCCCCCGGCGCCCGCUCCUGCCGCGCCUCCGCCCCCCUCGUCAGUCUCCCCACCUCAGAAUGCCAGCAGCAACCCCACCCCCGCCAGCGCAGCCAAGAGCCCUCUACUCAACUCUCCCACCGUGGCCAAACAAAUCUUCCCCUGGAUGAAAGAGUCUCGGCAAAACACAAAACAGAAAACCAGCGGUUCCAGCUCAGGGGAGAGCUGCGCAGGUGACAAGAGCCCACCUGGGCAGGCGUCUUCCAAGAGGGCGCGCACGGCCUACACGAGCGCGCAGCUGGUGGAGCUAGAGAAAGAAUUUCACUUCAACCGCUACCUGUGCCGGCCACGCAGGGUGGAGAUGGCCAACCUGCUGAACCUCACCGAGCGCCAGAUCAAGAUCUGGUUCCAGAAUCGCCGCAUGAAGUACAAGAAGGAUCAGAAGGGCAAGGGCAUGCUGACGUCAUCAGGGGGCCAGUCUCCGAGUCGCAGUCCCGUGCCCCCCGGCGCUGGCGGCUAUCUGAACUCUAUGCAUUCUCUGGUGAACAGCGUCCCGUAUGAGCCCCAGUCGCCCCCGCCUUUCUCCAAGCCCCCCCAGGGUGCCUACGGGCUGCCCCCCGCCUCCUACCCCGCACCUCUGCCCAGCUGCGCGCCCCCGCCACCCCCACAGAAGCGCUACACCGCAGCUGGGGCGGGCGCGGGUGGCACGCCCGACUAUGAUCCACACGCGCACGGCCUGCAGGGCAACGGCAGCUAUGGGACCCCACACUUACAGGGAAGCCCCGUCUUCGUGGGGGGCAGCUAUGUGGAGCCCAUGAGCAACUCUGGCCCGCCCCUCUUUGGCCUAACUCACCUCCCCCACGCCGCCUCGGCUGCCAUGGACUACGGGGGCGCUGGGCCGCUGGGCAGUGGCCACCACCACGGGCCCGGGCCGGGGGAGCCGCACCCCACCUACACGGACCUUACCGCCCACCAUCCUUCUCAGGGAAGAAUUCAGGAAGCCCCCAAGCUCACCCAUCUGUGAUGGUGGGCUCGGGGCUGCGCGCCAGGAGAGUCCCUCCCCCAACCUCCCACCACCUUUCUUCAGUCGCUUUUUUUUUUGGUUUUGUUUAAGGUUUUUCCCGCCCCUCCCUUUUCUCUCUCUUCCACCCCCCCACUCCCCCCCCCCGCGUUUUGUUUUCUUUGGUAACACGUUUUUAUAGUUUAUGUGACGUAGCAAUCUUGGUUGCUGGAAUGGCUGUCAGUAUCAGUAGCGAUAUUUAUCUUCUCCUGCCCCUCGCUCGGCCGAUGGCCCUGCACCCUUUACCUUCUCAAUUCUUUGAUCAGAAACAGGGUAAAUGAACAAAUUUUCUAGCCAAGUUCUUCAAUGUGAAUUUGUUCGUACAUUAUGGCUCCCGAGGGGAAGCGAUUACUUUUUUUUUUUUUGUAAUUUUUAGGGUUUUUUUUUUUAAUUGCACUUCUUGUAAAGAGCGAGAAAAAAAUCAAAGGCGCUUUGAAACAGGGACUCCCUGUACAAGGAUGAUUAAGUGUACGUCUUUCCGUGUGUGUAUGCUGGUGAACAGUCAGAUUUAUUUAUAUUUUUUUUGCAAGCAUUGAAUAAUCUAAGUUUUAAAUAUUAUUUAUCCCCAUCCGUUCGUAUUUAUAUUAAAGAAAUUCUGUACCCUGGUUGUUCAGAAGGUUUCUUGGGCCUUUUGUUCAAUGGUCUAUUGGCGUACAUAGGAAAAAAUUUAUUUGAAAGGGAAAUAUAAUUCCUUUAUAAAAACGGUAAUGAUGCAAUAAUACCAGAGAGGAUCCAGCUUUUCAGAACAGUGAUUUAGGUUUGCAACAUCCUGCAAAACUGAAAAAAAAAAUCUGUGACAGUGAAAAAUGCUAGAUUUGUUUUGAGAGUUCUACAUUCCUUGCUGCUCACAUUCUGAGAAACAAAACAAAAAAAAUAAAGUUUUUAUUCUGAAUAAUAUCUGUGUUCAGAAGGGAUUCUUUGGCCGAAGAUAAGGGUCUGCGUGGAGUCCAGGCAGAGGCGAGCUGGCGGAGCAGGCCGCGGCAGCCCUCCAGCUCCCGCGUGCGGCCUGGCCGGGCGGCUCGCCUGCGAUCUCACCGAAUUCUCCCUCCGGAAGGCAGCCGGAGCUUCUAGCGGCAGCAGCUCAGCAAACGCCAAGCUGCCAACCUGCUGGGCUGUCUGGUUCCCAGCUGCCACGGAGGCCCGCCGCGGGCACAGCGGUUGCGGCGCGUUCAGUGCGGGAGAAACAAAGGCAGCUUGGGCCGAGGCGUGCGGGGGGCGGGGGGGGGGCACAGGUGCCCCGGCAGCCCCCGUGGGGAACAAGGUAGGGCUGUCUUCUGCUCCACGAUCUUCCUCUGGUCCAAGAGGAGCAGCCAACGCCUUAAACCGGAAAAAUCACUGGCCGCCCGGAGAAUGGCGAACACUUUCUAGGAGCACCGGGCCGCUCCGCGGAUGCUUCUCUGUGCCUUCUCGAGCCAGGAGGAAAGAAUCACUCCUAAAGUCAUCAGUGGGAGCGGGGCGGCUCGGAAGAGACCGAAGCUCACCCAGGUCUCCAGCAAAAGAAGGGGAGGAACCUCCCGGAGUCCUUCCGUGGAUUGCUGGAGUGCCAGCAUUGGCUUCUUCCCAGAAUAUAGGAUUUGGCAUUCUCUAGAUUUAUUUCCUCUCCUUCCCUCCCCGCUCUCCUUUUAUGGCCCCAGGGGGAGGGGGAGAGAGAAAGGAGAUUGGUAUCUUUCUAAUAAAAAUGCAGUUUUACAAGUACUUCUUUUAUUUGAUGCUACAGGAGCUAAACAUUACAAUUCUGCUGGAUUUAAGAGAGGGCUGCCUACUGACUGGCUGGAAGAGGCCAAGGCAGGCACAGGGAAGGGAACUAUUUUCAUUUUCAGACUAAAGCAGUGCCCAGAAAAGGAACCAAAAUCAGAAACUGCAUCCCUAUCACCCCCUUCCCCAAGAUGGAAGUGAGGAACCACAUUGGUCUGGGGGUCAGGAGCUUCCGAUGUGAGAAAUAGAUCCCCCCAUCUCCCUGGAUUGUAUCUUUCAGAGGCAGAGAAGGAAAAUGUCGCCAUUUUGUUUGCAAUCCAAAAUAUACAUACACCAUCAUGGCCACUGUCACCCCCCUGAGAAGCUCCCUCUGAUGAGCUUUAAAAAAUAGCAGUGGAACUAUUUUUUUGGUAACUACUGGGGCCCAAGGAGUUGCUUUUAAGGAAGCUUCUCACAUUAG